AUGUAAUAAUAGAAUGUAAUUACAGAAGGAUAAUCUGUUGAUGAAAACAUUUAAAAACUUUAUUAAUUAAUAGAGCUUAAAGGUAAAGGAGCAUAUGGAGUAAUUUGGAAAGCAAUGAAUAGAUAGACUAAGAAAAUUGUUGCUUUGAAAAAGGUUAAUACAAAUAGGUAUCAUGAAGGUUUUUGAUGCAUUUUUAAAUGAUACUGAUGCAUAGAGAACAUAUAGAGAAGUUAUUUAUCUCUAAUAAUUGAAAUAACAUGAGAACAUAGUAAAACUACAAAGUAUUCACAGAGCAAUGAAUAUGAAAGAUUUAUAUAUGGCAUUUGAAUAUGUAGAAUCAGAUCUUCAUAAAGUAUAAAUAGAAGUAAUAAUAAUAGGUAAUAAGAGCAAACUUAUUAGAAGUAAAACAUAUGAUAUACAUUCUCUAUUAAUUAUUAAAAUGUUUGAAAUAUAUACAUUCAGGUGGUUUGAUUCAUAGAGAUUUAAAACCAUCUAAUGUAUUAAUAGAUUCAGAUUGUAAAAUUAAAUUGGCAGAUUUUGGAUUAGCAAGAUUAGCAACUGAAAUAGAUGAAUUUACUGUUAUGACAGAUUAUGUUUCUACAAGGUGGUAUCGAGCGCCUGAAAUAUUAUUAGGAUCUCCUAUUUAUAAUCAUUCUAUUGAUAUGUGGAGUAUCGGUUGUAUAUUAGGAGAAAUGAUUUUAUCCAAAUCUCUCUUUACUGGUUAAUCAACACUUAAUUAAUUAGAAAAAAUUGUUGAAGUUCUUGGCAAACCUUCAUAAAAUGAUUUAAUAUAAAUUAAUGCACCUAUGUCUGAUAAAAUAUUUAGAGAGAUCUAAAUGCCGAGACGAAAGUCUUUAUUUACUUAUAUCAAAGCAUCAGAUACUAUUAUUGAUUUUAUAACCAAAUGUUUAACUUGGAAUCCUCAUAAUCGAAUGACUGUUGAUUAAGCACUUUUACAUCCUUUAUUAGAAGAUUUUAAAGGUACUGAGUCUGAAAAUAACUAUCCUUCUAAAAUCAAUAUAGAUUUAUCUGAAAAUAUUAAAUUAGAUAAAAAAUAAUAUAGAGAAAUAUUGUAUAAAAUGGACUUAGAUUAUUAAAAGUAACUAUAUAUUUAAUAAUUAAGCAAUUAAGAAUAAAUACCUUCUGCUUUUAAAAGCAAAUUACUUAUAAAUUAAAUCUAAUAAACUUAUCAGAAAUAUUUAAGUAAUGCUAUUGACUCUUAAUAUUAAAGAGUUUUUAAAUCUUAAUAUAAGUAAAAUUAAUUAAAUUAAAAAUAUUAAUCUUAAAUAGAUAUUUAAAGUUAAAUACUUUUAACUUAAUCUAUCCAAUAAUAAAAUUAAUAAACCAUUACAUAAAAAACUUAAGAAAAUAGAAUUAAGACACUUCCAGAUAAUUAAAAAGAAAUUUUCAUUCCAACUGAACCAAAAAGUCCAAAUAGAGCAAGAUAUUUCUCUUAAAACAAAAUUUUAGUUUAACCUCAAGUUCCACAAUCAUUUACUCCCGUCAGAAGUAUAUCUAUGAAAAAGAAAUUUUAUAAUGAAUCUUCUGAUUAAUAGUAACAAGAAAAUUUUUCAAAAAGAAAAUUGCUCACUACAUAUUUAAAUUAAAAAUCUAAAAGGCCUAUUCACCAAAAUUUUGAAAAAGUAAUCAUACAAAACAAAUCCAACAUUGAUCAAUACUUUAUUAAAAAACAUCUUGCUUAUCCAAAUUAUAAAGAUACUACAAGUCUAACCUCAAAAGCUAAAUGA